UUCAGCUUUUCGGGAAUCCUGAAGUUAGCGCCGAUCGUGCGAUGAUAAUCGUGCAGCUGCAGCAUUGCAGGGGAACCAUGCGUCUCACCGAGUGGCCGACGACGCCGAUAAACAGGUCAAGAAAAGACACUGGAUCAGGUGUGGACCAUGGAGUCGGGGCGAGGGCAUCCUGCUGGUCUGAGAUUGAUAGAAUCAGAGCAUGAUACGUUGUGUCUGGGAAAAGGACGGGGUCCAACCAUCGACAAGUCGAAUCCGAUCGACAAGUCAUUAUCUCCUUCGGGGAGAUCAUCUCCUAAGGUUCUGCAGGUCCUUCCACGAAGAGCUGAAUAUAUCGUCCUGACGCGAGGAGUCAGCCCCUUCCGUGUCUUCACCCCUCUCGAUGAAAAUACAGUUCAAGGAAGGAAGGGAAAUGCAAAAGUUGGAGCAAAAGUACAUUGCACGGACACUUCCGUGGGAAAUCAAAAGGUAUCGCGCGGCAGGCUGCAGCAUCCCUUCCGCAGUGGAGCCCGGCGGCUCUCCAUUCGCCCGGAUGCAACCCGUCGAUCGGCCAGGGCGGGUUUUUUUCCAGGUUUCUGGUUCAGACUCUGGUUCCAUCAUCCAUGUCGCGCGACUGAGACAGCCGCAAAGUAGUGGUGAUCACUUGAUCUAUCCAUCUCUUCGAUGUUGCUUGCUGGACUUUGUUCACUGUCAAUUGUUUGGUCUCGAUCUGUCUGUUCUCUAUCUAUCGGCCGACUGCCGUCGGAGGCAAAA